UGGGAACCACAGUUGAGAGCCGCUGUUGCGCGGGGGACUGGGUUCUUGUGCCGAACAUUUCCGCAAUCGGCCGAUGGCGGCUCCGUGGAGCGCGCGGCUGCGGCAGUUGGCGACUUCCUUACAGCAAAAUGCUUCUGAAAGAUUGCUUCCUUUCACAAGCCCAUGGCACCAACUGCACAUACGAAACAAUUCAAAUAGAUCUUCGGUAGUUCGUUUUGGAAGGCAGGCCUACGUCAGACUGUAUCCUGUUCUGCUGGUUCGACCUGAUGGAUCUACUAUCAAUAUCCGAUACAAGGAGCCCAAAAAAAUGAUUACUAUGCCAGUGGAUGUUUCUCUUCUACCAGAAGCCGAGCGAAAAGCAAGAAUGCGCAAACGGGACCCCAAGAAAGUCAAAGUAAAUGAGGAGCGAUUUGAAGAUGAAUUUAAGGUUGAAGAUUACAGCAAAUUCUGGAAGAAAAAAUAAGCUUCAGAUGGCAAAAUCUGAGAAAGACAAAACUAUUAGUGAAUGAUUUGCCUGCUGUUUAUGUCAAUAGAACAUGGCAGGUUGACAGUGCACAUUAUAUAAUUUAUAAGUCUCAAUAAAUUGUUUUUAUUUAUCAUUUAGUGAAGUUUGAAGUUUUACAAGAAUGCCUACGGAAUAAAUCCUUGUUUAAAAGAUUUAAAGAUACCUGCUAUGGAAAAUGUUUUGAAUGUCAAUAAACCAUUGUCUCACAAUAAC